UUAGUAUUUAAAUAGAUGUAGAAUUUUUUGAAACUUAACUCACGGUCACACUGCAGGCGGCAUUAAAUUGGUAAAGAAAAACAAAGAUGCGCGACGAAAUUUUGGAUCCUCAUAAUCUGGUAAAGAACCGGGAAAUAUUGUACCGGUUAAUGAUCAGUCAGUUGAUGUACGAUGGGCUGGAGAAAUUUGCAAUGGAACUCUCAAUGUUGGUCAAGGCGGAUCAGUGUGCGCCCAGCGAACGCCUGCUUCACGUGAUGAUCUCGGGCAUGCAAACCAUGUCCGAGAAGGAUAAAAGCAAUACGGACGAUGUGCUGCCCGGCAUCGAUUUGGAAUUCGAACCAGAGGCUUCGGCGCUGGCUCCCGAGCCGCAUUCCUAUGAAACUGCUUAUGUGACAUCGCAUAAGCAGGCUUGCCGAGCUGGUGCGUUUAGCUUUGACGGCUCCCUAGUGGCCACGGGCAGUGUGGAUGCUAGUAUAAAAAUCCUUGACGUGGAGCGCAUGUUGGCCAAAUCAGCACCCGAAGACAUUGAACCAGGACGUGAACAACAGGGACAUCCAGUCAUACGCACAUUGUACGAUCACACGGAUGAAGUGUCGUACCUCGAAUUUCAUCCCAAGGAGCACAUCCUGGCGUCGGCAUCGCGUGACGGCACCGUCAAGCUCUUCGACAUUGCCAAGCCAUCGGUAAAGAAGGCGCACAAAGUGCUAACCGACUGUGAGCCCGUGUUGUGUGUCUCGUUCCAUCCGACCGGCGAUUAUAUUGCCAUUGGCACUGAACACAAUGUGCUGCGCAUCUAUGAUGUGCACACCACACAAUGCUUUGUCAGCGCCAUUCCGUCGCAGCAGCACAAAGCGGGCGUCACUUGUGUUAAGUACUCGCCCACAGCAAAGCUCUAUGCCACGGGCAGCUUCGACGGUGACAUUAAGAUCUGGGACGGCAUCAGCGGCCGUUGCAUUAACACAAUUGCCGAAGCGCACAGUGGGGCAGCUAUUUGUUCGCUGCAGUUCACACGGAAUGGAAAGUAUUUACUCUCUUCUGGCAUGGACUCGAUUGUCUAUCUGUGGGAGCUCUGCACCAGUCGACCAAUUCAGACUUAUACGGGCGCUGGCACAACCGGAAAGCAAGAGCAUCAGGCAGAAGCAGUUUUCAAUCAUACCGAAGACUAUGUGCUCUUCCCCGACGAAGCCACCACGUCGUUGUGCUCUUGGAAUUCUCGCAAUGGCUGUCGCUUGACUCUCAACUCGCUGGGACACAAUGGCCCGGUGCGCUACAUUACGCAUUCGCCUAAUGCGCCGGCGUUUUUUAACUUGUUCGGACGAUUUUCGUGCACGCUUUUGGUAUCGUCGUGCUAAUAAUCAAUAAGCGUCUCCUUAGAACUAAGCUAAGCAUAAUAAUAAAAUAAAACAAAUAUUAACAA